AUAUUUCCUUCUGCCUCCUUCAAGAGGAAGACUUCAAGAUACUUCUCGACUUUUGAAUAUUGUUUUAAAAAAUAAUUCUCUUUUGGGAUUGGCAUCUUCAGUGAGAUUUUUUUUUUUUUUCUUGGCCAGAAGCCCUCUUACAUUAAAAGAAUAUGCCAUACAGUAUUAUCACCACUCAUCAACCUUCAAGGAAAACAGCACGAAGGAAAACAAAUACAACGACCAGUAAAAGAAAUUAACUUCCGGAGACCAGCAACAUUUGAAACCGAGGAUUUCCCGGGGAAGUGUUGACGGUGUGACGUAAUGAGAGCGUGACAUCAUGUGUGUGUGUGUGUGUGUGUGUGUGUGUGUGUGUGUGUUCCUACUGUAGAAUAACUAAUCUCUCAAAGCUCAACUUCAGCUGCUAUUGGACAAACAGUUGUUCCCAAAAACAUUAUGAGUACUAAGGUAAUUGUAGAUCCCUUCUUUAGACUCCGAGAGCAAGAAGUAAAAAUCAUUCCUAGCUUUACUCCAUCUGAGUAGUAGGAAAGAGCUACGCAAUAUUAUAAAGUUUUCCAGGGCCUAAUGUAUUUGUAGAUCCCUCUUUUGGCACGAGUGAAAGUUAAUGUGGAAAAUAAGGCCUGUGAAACCUUUACUCCAACCAGGUAGUGGGAAAAUACUACUACUAGUGUUUUCCAGGCCCUAAGGAAGAGUGCAUUGUCAUGCCGCACACUGCCAGGAACAGCGGGACUCAGUGUGUUGCCAGACGUAGCGAAUAAGGGUUGUGCCGCUCCUCCCAGCCUGUGACCCGGCAAUGUUUUGUUAGUGCACUGUACUCGUGUUUCGCUGCCAAGAAGCACGCAGCUUCUAAUGAGUGCCACCGUUUAGAUUCUGACUUUGUGGUGUAAGAAAGAAGCAAAAUCAGAGUGAACAGUAACAGGAAAAUAAUACAUACUGUUGUACUACUUAUACAGUCAGUGGACAGUUCAGCCAGUGGAUAACUCAAUAGACAGAUCAACCACUGGACAGCUCAACUUGUUAGCGGGCAACUCAACAGACAAAUCAACUAACAGACAACUCAUCUAGUUGGUGGACAACUGAACCAAUGGACCAUUCAACUAUAUGCGUGAAACUCCAGCCCUCACAAGUCACCGUGGAGUAAUUGAGGUAGCGAGGACCGAGUGAUGCUUAGGUCCCGUCAAGCCUCAAGGGACAGAGAAACAUGGCGAACUGCACCGUGACUUGGAGCAGAUUUAACGGAGACAUCCCAGACUCCUUGCUGCACUUCUUUAUAAUCUACUGUAGUGCUGUCUGUCUCGUCGGUACUCUAUGUAACGUGCUGGCGCUGUGGUGUGUGGUGGGCUGCUCAAGAACUCCUCCAGCAGUAAAGAUCCUCCUAUGUGCCCUCUUCUCCUCCACCCUCCUUAUGUGCCUGCUGGUGAUGCCUUUCAUGGCCCACGUCGGGGUGUCCAAGGUGCGCUGCGACGGACAGGUUCCUAAAAUGGCCAUCCGCGUUGUGGUCACCAUGUACAUUAUCCUGACGGAGAUGGAGCUUCUGCACAUCAGCCUCAUGGCCCUUCUGAGGGCAGUUGCAGUGUGGUCAUCCACCAAGAGAGAGAUGAAGAUGCCCACAGCUGUCGCUCUUUUGGUUGGCAUCGUGAUCUACUCCACAGUGAUGACCUUGCUCCUGCUUGCUGCUUUCUGGUACGACAUAGUGAGCGGAUACACUGGCUUCGUACUGUCGCAGAUCUACAACUCGGUCAACUUCCUCGCGCCGGUAGUGUUUACGAUGGCCUGUUACUUCUCCAUGAUACUCGCUAUAAGACGCAACCAGCACCGCCUGGCCACCACCCCAGAAACUGCAGCGACGGGCCAGGUGAUGGACCAGGCCACGCGGGCCAUGUUGGCGGUGUUCAUCAGCAACCUGCUCCUCGGCCUCCCGCACUCCAUCUACCAUCUCCUGCCUCGAUAUGACAACCAAGCCCUCUCCUACGUCACCAUGCAUAUCGUUUUCUUUACUCACUUGUUCGUUGACCCGCUGGUGUUCGUGUGUUUCAACCUACACCACCGGCAACGUGUCCUGCAGGCACUCAAGUCGUGCCUGCAAUGCGUCCCUUGCAGACCGCUCUCCACGCUCCCGCACGCCACCUCCACCCUGCCCCUCCACUUCACAUCCUCCUCCUCUUCCUCCUCCAAAGAGUAGCGGCGGGAGAUCUGAGACAAGUUUUGGUGUUGCUUUUGGUAACAAAAGAAAUUUGCCUUCCAUCUGAACACUGUCCACCUACCCAAUGUACAGUGCUAUGAAUAAAAACGUUUGAAAUCUC